CGUCAUUUCCGGCUCAUUUGAGCACUCGUUUCCACGGUGACGGGAGAGACGCCGAAAAGCCAUGGUGAGGAAGGAGAGAGAGAAGGCACACCCCGGCAGCUGCAGCCAUUAUGGAGAGCCUGCUCCAACCACUGGCCUGGCUCGCAUCCGACGAUAUCACCCCAGGGCCACAUCCUCCCAGGUUGACGAGUCUCUGUUCGGCAACUGUCACCAGAAGAUGGCACCCACAGGGCAAUUGGCUCUGGACUCUGACCCCUGCUCUGACCGAGCCCUGGCCAAGGCGAUGCAGGCUGUGCCCGGAACCACCAAGGCAAUCGAAAGCCUGAGGAUCAUCACCAAAGACCAUGUCCGGGACCUCAUUAUUCCCACAGAGGACCCAUCGGGCAAGACACUGAUCAUGAGUCCAAUGGAUUUUGAGCGAAUAAAGGCAGAGUCCCGGAUAGUCAGUGAGGAGGAGCGGCACGCCAUGAGGAAGGCCAUCAAUGCAGAGAAAAUGCAAGCAGCGGAGUUGGUCGCUAUUCGGAAAGGCUUCAUCCGGGCCAAGGAGAUGGAGAGGAAGAAGAAUGAGAAGCUGACUGAUGUGGAGGAGGUGGCACGCGACAGGGCCCUCUACCUGCUUGAGAAAGCCAACAGCAUGCGGCUGGAGCAGGAGGACGAAAUCCGAAAGAUCAACGAGACCAUUGUUGGAGCCAAAUGCCACGCCAUCCGCGAUGCCCAGAUCCUUGAGAAGGAACAGAUUGCAAAGGAGAUGUUGGAUGAGGAUAGGCGACUGGACACAAUGAUGGAGGUGGAUCGUCAGAAAGCUCUAAAGAUGCAGGAUGAGAUUGAGUGCAAGAGAAAAGAGAAUGGACUGAGGGCCAAAGUUCACGUCAUCGAGCAGAUGGAAGAGAAGGAGAAGGAGCGGAUACUGCAGCAAGAAGUCAAGGCCUUGGAGGCCAGGGACAGGCUGCAGGCUAUGGAACAACUACAUCAGGAGGAUUUAGAGAAUUUACAGGAAAAGCAGCGAAAGCAGGUGCAGACCCACCAGGAGAUAAUGGCAGCCAACAAAGCCGUGCGGCGCAGGAGGGAGCAGCUGCAGGAACAGGACCGUAUAGCUGACCAGAAGGUUCGCGAGUUCCAGGAUGCCAAGACGAAAAGAGAAGCUGAAUAUGAGGAGUUGCAGAAACGUUUGAAACGAGAGAAGGCGAUAGAAAUAGCUCGUCUCCAGGCUCUGCAGAAACGUGCACAUGAUGUCAAGGCUGAGCAGGAUGAACUGCGUGCCAAGCGAAGCCAGGAGGCGGCAGAGCGUGAGUGGCGGCGCAAAGAAUUGGAGGACGAGCAGAAGAAGGCCAAACUGAAUGAGGAGCUGAAGAAAUCCCGCAUAAGCCAAAUUCAACAGAAGCAGCAUUUCCUGGCUGUGCAGGCCACUAAAGAACGGCAGGAGUUCGAGAGAGUGCUCAGAGUGCAAAAGGAGCAGAUGGCCAAGGAGCAGCAGGAGGAGGAGGACCGGAGACAGGGCCGGACCAGGUACGCCAGUGACCUGCGGCAUCAGAUCCGGGAGAAGGAGCAGAAGCAGAUUGCGGAGAAAGCCACUUUCUUCGAGGAAGGCAGGCGGUUGAAGGAGGAGGCCCAGCAGCGCCGGCUCCGCCUCGACCAGAUCAAGAGGAAGAAGCUGCAGGAGCUCAGAUCCGUUGGACUCCCGGAGAAAUAUUGUCAUCAAAUCGAGCGUCGCUUGGAGGCCAUUUCAGCUUAGAGACUCCUCUCUGUAGGACCAAGAUUUUAAAUGCAUCUUUAUGUCAAAUUUAUAAAGAUUAUUUUAACUA